AGAAUGAAAAGGGGCUGAUGAAAAAAGAGAACUUGCCUCAAUUGUCCAAGGCUAACGUCAUGGAAAGAGUUACUUUGUUGCAGGGCGCAUAGGAAUAAACCCUAAGAAAUUAUAUUGGCCUGUGAUGCUUGUUGUUCCUCUAUAGCCGAAGAUUAUUUACUUGCAAAGUGCGCGUUUUCUCCAAAAGGAUCGAGUGAAGAUGCGCAAGAACCUGUUUACAAGGAACCCAGAGCAAGUUUGUAUCUAAGGGAACGCGCAGAGGGCUCAAAAUGCACGGGGAUACCAUUACUCAUCCCUCGGCGUUUCUUCAAAAAUGGGCCACUUUGUUUUGGAAAUAAGUUGAUCAAGGAUAAUUUCUUGGCUGCCUGAUGUGAAAACAAGUGUUCGACUUCUGAACAACGCAAGGUUGCAAUACAUUUCCAAAGGAUUACUGCGACGGCGUGUUUGGAGUAACUCUUUGGUGAAUGCAGAUUUGUUUUUAAACUGUCUUGUUUGUGAUGUGCAAAGGAGUUGAAGACUGUUACAAAGGGGAAAGCAACCUGGCAUGCAUCAUAUAGUCUCUGUAAAUUUAUUGGUAGUCUUUUAAUCAAAAUAGGCGGUUAAUAAUAAGACAAUAGACCUGAAGCCCCAAUGGGUUGAGAAUGUUACUGCAUUUGAUGUAUUUCGGGAGAUUUACAUUUUUUGGCUAAUAUAGAUAUGUCCUACUGAACUGUCGAGUUUCCCGUGUCAGUGUCUCAGAUCAUUAAAUUUACAUAGGUCACACCUGAUUAAAUAGCUGUCAUGUAAUUUGAGAUGAGUGUAAAUAUUACACUGAGCUAGUGUCAGAUGUUUCCAUUACAAAAUGCACCAAGUCAGUAGCAUCACAAUUUAGCCACUACUGGCAUGUAGAAUUUCCUGUUUUAGUGCCCAUUGGAGUAUCAAGAUGUCGGUGAAAGCCAAAGCUAUCUACACUUUUCAGAGUGAAAACAAAGAGGAGAUCAGCAUACAGGAGAAUGAGGAACUGCUGAUCUUUGAUGAGAACUCAGUAGACGGCUGGUUACAGGGGGAGAACAGCCGAGGGGAGAGGGGUCUCUUCCCUGCAUCCUAUGUGGAAAUAAUUCGCCCUCGCUCAAAUUCGAACCUGACAGACUGUUCCAUAAGCCCUGCAGGUUCUCUAGGAAAUGACUCCUCCUAUUUCCCCUCAACUCCAAACACCCCUCUCCACAUGCAGCAGAGUUACUAUGAUGAUGAUGAUGAUGACUGGGAUGACUGGGAUGACAGCUCCACGGUGGUGGAGGAUGAUGACCACAGAAAGAGCGCUGGGGCCAAUGGACAUGCCCACCAGAGCCCACAUUCCAACAACCCCAAUGUGCACUACCGGGCUAAGCCGUAUAUGGAGAGACAGGACAGUAUAUCCAGCUCACGCAAAGGCAGUAUGGUGGGCAGGAACUUGAACCGAUUCUCUAGUUUUGUCCGCUCUGGUGUAGAAGCAUUUGUGUUGGGUGAUGUGCCCAUGAUGGCAAAGAUAGCUGAAUCCUACACCAUUGAGAUGGGCCCCAAGGGUCCCCAGUGGAAGGAGAACCCACAGCCGUUCUCCUGCUCCAUUGAAGACCCCACAAAACAGACCAAGUUCAAGGGCAUCAAGACCUACAUUUCAUAUCGGGUCACCCCGAGCCACACGGGACGUCCCGUCUACAGGCGCUACAAACACUUCGACUGGCUGUAUAACCGCCUGCUGCACAAGUUCACUGUGAUCUCAGUGCCCCACCUGCCUGAGAAGCAGGCCACGGGGCGCUUCGAGGAAGAUUUCAUCGAGAAGCGUAAACGACGACUGAUCCUGUGGAUGAACCACAUGACCAGUCACCCGGUCCUCUCCCAGUAUGAGGGAUUUGAGCACUUCCUGAUGUGUGCUGAUGACAAGCAGUGGAAACUGGGUAAGAGGCGGGCGGAGAAGGAUGAGAUGGUGGGCGCGCACUUCAUGCUGACCUUCCAGAUUCCCAAUGAGCACCAGGACCUCCAGGAUGUUGAGGAGCGAGUUGACUCCUUCAAAUCUUUUACUAAGAAAAUGGAUGACAGUGUCAUGCAGCUCACUCAUGUUGCCUCAGAGCUGGUGCGCAAGCACCUGGGCGGCUUCAGGAAGGAGUUCCAACGGCUAGGAAAUGCCUUCCAGUCCAUCAGCCAGGCUUUCAUGCUGGAACCUCCCCACUGCUCAGAUGCUCUCAACAAUGCCAUUUCCCACACAGGCCGCACCUAUGAGAACAUUGGAGAAAUGUUUGCAGAACAACCUAAGUAUGACCUCUUCCACAUGCUGGACAAGCUCUCGCUCUACCAAGGCCUGCUCGCAAACUUCCCAGACAUUAUUCAUCUGCAGAAAGGUGCCUUUGCCAAAGUGAAGGAGAGCCAGAGGAUGAGUGAUGAGGGCAAGAUGGACCAGGAUGAGGCCGACGGCAUUAGGAAACGCUGCCGGACGGUUGGCUUCGCCCUCCAGGCAGAGAUGACCCACUUCCAUCGGCGACGAGAGGUGGACUUCAAAGACAUGAUGCAGGCCUACCUCAGCGAGCAGAUAGCCUUUUACCAGCGCGUUGUCCAACAACUGGAGCGCACACUGCGCAUGUACGACAGUCUGUAAAAACCCAAACUGACUGCCCAGUCCAAGAUGCAAAAAAUAUGAGAGGCAUUCUUUUUGAUCAUUUUUGGGCUCAGUCUGAGUUUGGAAGUGAAAGACAUGCAGAGAAAGGAAGCAAUAGUUUGUGGAGAGACUUAAUGAAGCCAGUCGACGCUCUCUGUGGAGUCAUCAUUCACUUUGAUGGAUUCAAAGUCAAACUUCUUUUUUUUAAAAGACCUACUGUACACUUUAUGUCUGAAAUAUACAUCACUUUCGCUAUGUCACAGCAUAUUGUUUAUUUUGCAUAAACAGGACAAUUUAUCUUAUUUAAAGUAUUUGUAACAAAUUAAAACAAGAAUGUAGGUUUCAAAUUAAUAGUAGUUCCAUAGUGCAUCAGUCAAUAGUGUAACACAGUAAAGCCAUGAAAUGGGCUUAAUUCUCAAAUAAUCCCCUUCUUUCCAACAUGCGUUUUGGUGUCACCAGGGAUUGAUUCAAGUUACUUCCACUCUGUAAAUUCAUAGAGAAAUGCUAAAUUGUGGUUUGACACUGUCCACUAGCCAUUCCUAAUAAUUUGUAAUGAAGUAUAUUUAGGUUGUGCUGAAUUAAUUGUCUCAGCUGAAAGUGGAUAGAUUGUAAGGCCUAUUUCUGGUCAAAACAACAGCACCAUGUAGUAAAGGGUAAUUCUACCCAAAAUCAUUCACCAUCACCUCCACUGGUCCUUGUCAAGGACCUGACUUGCUCAGGUGUUCAAUGCAUUAUUUUACUUCAUAUCCUUUUCCUUUGGUUAGGUCUUGAUACAAGCCACAAAUGCCUGUCUAACCUUUGCACCACAAAGAAGAAUUACUGCUAUGAUAUAAUUCAAACAAGUGAUAUAAUUUUCUUUUUUUUUCAUGCAGCAAGUGCCUUUAAGGGGCUGAGGCAUCGUGGUGUGACUUUUUUUUGUUUUUUGUUUUUAAAUAAAUAGACCAUUUGUCUGUAGCAUGGGUUUUGAUGGACUGUAGAGGAAAUGGAGCCUUGUUGGAAUUGGUGUUUGCACAGGUUUUUAAAUUCUCAUGGGCCAUAAAGUGUGUUAGAAUGAAUGUGUGUGUUUGUGCGAGUGAAAUUAGUCAACUACUGUGCUGAUCAUUCCAAUUCAGUGGUGGAAAGCAAAUUCACAACCUUUACUUGCAUUAACUGGAUUAUAUAGCCAACCACUAUGAGAAGUAGCCAGAUUAUUGAGGCAGAUUAGCUGGUUGUAUGAACCAGAACAUCAGUUUAGAGUUUCAGCUGAAUUUUUGCCAAUCACAUUAUCAGACCUGAGUUAUUUGGGAAGCACUUUGUGUACUGUGCUUGAAAAGUGCUAUACAGAUGGACAUUACUAUUGUUAUUAUUAUUGUUCUAAUUCUAAUUAUUGCUACUAUAAGAUCUGCUACCUAUCUAUUAGGCUGUGUGGGUGUUGUAGUGGCAAAAUUAUCAUCCUUGUUGUUACAUUUAGAGGGGUUUCAUGUUUAUUGUGUUUAAAAACCACAUAGAAUAUACAUCUAAAACUACAUUACACCAUUAAUGAUGUUUCAAUUUUCUACCCAUAAGGUAACUGAUAAUUUAAUAAUAAGCCAUACUGAGUAUUGCUUUCAUUCCAGCAAUAAUUACGUAGUGGAUAGGUAUCACUUUUUCCAUCUCAGUUGGGAAUGACUCUCUUCAUAUUUUGUGCACUAAUUUGUUCAUGUUAAAUGAGAGUAUGGAGUUGUGAGUGUUGCUCAGUGUUCUACUCUGCUCCGUCUGAGUGAGUGUUUAUUACCAAAUAAUAGUUGUUCCAGUAACAUUACUCAUUCUGUUUAACAAGAGAAAAAAAAUCAUGGCGACUUGUGGUUGUACAAGACUAUCUUUAGCAUUGUGUCAACCUCGGAGGUUUAUAUGGAGUCUGUGUUGCAAUGAAAGCAUUACCUCAAGAACUGUAGGGGCUGUGUUUAAUCCACUCACAACUCAACAGGAUUUUCCUCGAGCAAUGGAAAGAAAUACCUUCCCACUGUUCGUCUGUGGUCUUGUGAACCACUGAAUCGGAAGUUAUCUUUUGGAUCAAAGAGGAUUUGAUCUCCAAGAGUUGUAUUUUGUGAUACAAACAAUUAAUUGGAAAACUACAAUUUUUU